GUUUACAUGCUUCGAAUGAUUUUGUUGAUUCAGUAAUUUAUUGAUAAACAGAUUAAGAUGAAGGGUCACUAAAGUCCCGAUUUAUUAUGCAUGGUAAUCAUGGUAUUCAGUUUUGCACGAUAUGACAUGAGUGACACAGAAACAUUUGAAAAUAGUUUUAAGAAGUAAUUACGAUGGUUAUUAUGAUUGCGAUUUCUGAUACAGUUGUUGUCAUUCUACGGCUUACACCGUGAGAUAAUGUACUGAUUCAUCUAUCCAGUCAGUUGUCUUGUAAAUAUGAAAUGAUCCUUCCUCGAAUAUAUCACGAAUCGAUUAGUGACGUAUGACAAAUUAUUUAACACUUGUCGCUGAUAAAGGAAAUGGAGGUAAAUGAACAAUGGAAUGCUCUACCGUUCUAUUAUGUGACUUCACAGAGGUGGAUGCACGCAACCACACUGGAGGUGAAAACCUGUAGCUACAAUUCUGGGUUUGUUUGCUAUGUUUUCAAUGCAAUGAGUUUGGUUCGAGUAAGUCACAUUUUCUACUGCAUUAAGGUUGUGAUAUAACUCAAGUAGAGUCACUUGUUCCAUUUAGUGAGUGGUGGUGAGUAUCGUUUGUUGAUUCGAUUGAAAUGAAGAUGGAACUGUUGGUCAUUAUCGCAUAGUUUGAAACUCUCCAUUACUCUACAUUUAUCAGACCACGGUGUAUUCAGUUGUAGACUUGAAUUUAUCUUGAACCAUUGACGAGACUUCAUUUUUAUUGACAUAUCGCAAGCGCUAUUCAAUAAAAUACCUAAUGUGUUCACAAGUGUAGUAAUAUCCUAAUGAAAUACGUUGUGGGAAUGCUCAUAAUAUUGUGUAUGGAUAGCUUGCUAACCCAUAUGAUCAGUAAUAUAUUACGUUACCAUUCCUGAAUGGCCAUACAUUUUAUCUUUAGAACACCAUAGAAAUGUUAUUGUAAUGAUACUCUAACAAAAGACAAGAAACAUAAUAGCUGAGAAAAUAAAUGUCAAUCGACUAACUUGAAAUGCAUCUGUCACUCUACUUGUUAACGUCCUUUCGAAUUCCAUUGGUAUACUUCGAGUAUCUUCAUUUGGAUCAUCAUUGUUUACUUCAUCAAAAGGCUCUUCGUCUCGUACAACAGUUGGUUUGCUUUUGUUUUUAUGCGUCUCGGGUAAACAGCAUAUUAAAAGACAAAACGAUUUCUUGAAUUCGAUGUGAUUGUAUGUCUACACUGAUAUAUUUAUGUAUAAAUAUAAAAAGUACUCAUUAAUUAUUGACAUGCUUGAUAAUAUUACAAAUUCAAGAAUUUUUAAAAGCAAUUGUAAAUACAUUACUGAUCAGUUAAUAAAUAAUAUGGAUAAGGUGAUAAAUCCUAAAAGACAGGUUCUAAUAAACAAAUAAAGUGAAAUAUAUGGUUGUGGGGUUGAUGUUUAAUGAGAAGUCUAACAUAAAUUUCAGUUAAUAGUAAGGAAUGUAAAUAAGUACUUGUACGAUAGGUAAUGGAAUCGAUGAAAUCCUUCAAUGAAGUCCGAUAUUAAUAAUUAUAUUUGAAAUAAUAGAAUUAAAUUAUAAUAAGGGAACAUGUAUUAAAAUUAUGUAUAAACUCUCUUGUGAAUGGAAACUUUCUGAAAUUUUUUCAAGGUAAACUUUCUUAAUUUUGAGAAAGUAUUUGACAGCGUGGAUGGCAGAAUAUUAUGGAACACAAAGUAAAAAGCAACACGGAGAACACCAGCCCAAUCGCAUUUGAUAGAGAGACUCUGGAACCGGUGGAAAAUUUCAUGUACCUGGGCAGCAUCAUCGAUGAACGCGCAGGAUAUGAUGCACGCGUAACAGCGAGGAUUGGCCAGGCAAGGGCAGCAUUCCUACAAUUAAAGUACAUGUGGAACUCUUAACAACUGUCUGUCAACCAACACGAAAUUCAAACUAUCCAAUAUGAAAGUGAAGACAAUUCUACUGUACAGAGCUCAAACUUGGAGAACUACUACUAACAUCAUCAAAAACGUUCAAGUAUUUAUAAACAGUUUCAUACAUAAAAAACUGAAUUUCCGUUGACCGGAUACCAUUAGCAACAACCUACUCUGGGAGAAAACAAACCAGCUUCCAGCUGAUAUAGAAAUUAGGAAGAGACGUUGGUGGUGGAUAGGAUGUACGUCGAGGAAAUCACCAAACCACAUCACAAGGCAGACGCUAACUUGUAAUACUCAAGGGAAGCAGAAAAGAUGAAGGCCGAAUAACACACUACGUCGGGAAAUGGAAGCAGACAUGAAUAGGAUGAAUGGCAACUGAAAAUACUGGAAAGGAUUGCCCAGGACAGAGUUUGAUGGAGAGUGCUGAUGGACAGCUUAUGCUACUCUUUCAGGGAUAAUAGGGCGUAAGUAAGUAUAUAUUCGUGUAAGUAUAAAUGCCCAAUUAUGUUAACCUGAUUACAUCUAUAGGACGACAUUUAUGGAGACGUUGAGAAGCGCAGUAUAAGGAAUAUGUGAGUAAUAACAAGUUGUAAGGAGAAACGUCACGAUACUUGUUAAUGAAAUGUUUGAAGAUGUAGUUUUUGUCUGAUUAACAGAUAGACGGGAUAAUACGGUACAUUGGUUGUAUUAAAAAAAAACUCUUCAAGGAUGUCAUUAAUCAGAGAAGCAUAAACAAUUCUGUCUUAUCAGUCAUACUUCUUAAACAUUUGUGUCUCCUAAUUAGUGUUUUACGUGUUAUUAGCAAUUUUAUAUAAGCAUCUGUAAUAAAUAAUGUGUUUCCUUGUAUGGGAUGUUCUCAGUUUGUUUUGGAAUGUCAUCAAAAUAUUUAAUAAAAAUUAUAUUGACUUAGCCAGCAUUUGAAUUUUAAAUUCGCAAAUCCUCAUAUCUUAAAUAUGAAAUGGGAUUAAAUCCUCAACAUGUUUUAUGUACACCAGUUUAUUGUCGUUCUAACUGCUUUGUAAUCAAUAAGUUCUUAGUGCAAAUUCAUUGAUGUGGCAUUUUGAAUUGUCCUUCACCUAAUACAUUUGAAUCUCAAUAUGUUAAUUCUUGUGUAAGACAUAAAAAAAAUCUAACUGUCCUGCUGGAAUAAGUUGAUGUCAGUGAUUUAAAGCUUCUAUAAUAAAAAAAUUGUUAUAUCCCGUUAGCGGAAAUUUUAUAACUGACUUAUUUUACUUUCCUUUGUUUUUAUAAUAUAAAAUGCUUUAUCAUAGUCUUAUAUAAACAGACGAUAUGAUUUUCGCAACACUCAAUACAUACAUACGUACAUACAUACUGAACUUGUUAUUCUAUAUUGUCUUUUAUUAUUUUUUUCUUGACCAUUUGUAAAACAAACAGACUGUUUCGUGUCAAAUAGUAAAGGAUUUUUGCGAAUUUUUUAUUUGAAACAUUUAUUGCCCAAUAAGUUGUUUGUUGUUUUAUGAUAAAAGAAAAGAAAUGACGUGAAACACAACAUCUACAUGCCUAAAAAUCUGAUUAGAAAAACUUUCUGAAUACUUCAUUUGUUCGUAUAUCCAAGUCAACAUGAUAAAACGUCUUUUUUUAAUUAGAUAUUGUUGGAAUUUUUAAGGAUAAUAAAAAGUUGAAAUAAUGCAGUAGCAUAUGAUGCCUAUUUAUCACUUCGUUUAAUUCUGUAUUGUAAGAUAUUUUAGGAAGAAAGUUAAUUAUUGAUGUAUUUCGUGACAAUUUUUGGUAAACCAUAUAAUAAUAACUCCUGAACAAUUCAUUUUAAUAAUCUAGUUUCGAUAUAUUUACUAUAUCCCGCGUACGAGAUGGUAGUUGUGCACUGUUGAGGGAUCCCAUACACUAGGAAAAAACUGCCUUCCAAUGCUUCCAACUUUUCAAUGGUGGUCCAAUGUUUAUUCCAUUCAUAAUGUAUCAAUCUAAACUCAACAAUCUCUAUAACCCUAUACCAAAAAAUCUUAUUUAUUGAUAAAAAUUGUAUUGUUAAAGCUAUUUAAGAGCUUAUUCAUUAUGACCAAUAAGUGAAUAGUCGAUUUAACCAAUGAAAAACUACUCAGUCUGCUCAUCUACUUAAAUUCUAAAUAUAAAAUUUUAUUGUGACUUAAUUUUAAUAACACAGUAGGAAAACAAUUUGAACAAUACGAAAUAUUUCGGGAUAAGUUUAGUCAUUCUGCAGUUAAACUCAUUUUGUUCAUCAUCCAAACAAGAACAUUGCUAGUUUCACAGUAUAUAUUCUUUCCUUUGUCAUGGAUGACAAAAGGCCUGAUACAGGUCGUGUUAACGCGAAAUGUAAAUAUAUCAUGCUUCUUAUGAUUAUGACAGUCACAUUAUACCUAUCAAUUGAACUAUGUCUUUUCACAUCAGAUCAAUAUGUAUUUUACAAUGCUGUGACGGAACAAGGCCUACCAUAUUUAACACGUCAAGAAAGACAUAAAUAUGCAAAUCUAUCAGUUGAUGAUAAAAUAAAACUAAGAGCUGCACAAAAGAAAGCUGCUACACUAGAGUCUACUACAAAUGCAGUCAGAAUAACAUUAGGCUUAAUUUCAAUGUUAAUAAUUGGCUAUAUAUCAGAUAGACAUGGUCGUCGUGUUGCUAUAGGUAUUCUACUCUUUGGAGAAUUUUUACAUAUAACAACAGUGUCUUUAAUAGUAACAUUUAAUUUGAAUGUAUGGAUAUUACUCCUUGCUGGUUUUUUUGAGGCUUUCUUCGGUGGUGGUCUUUUAUCAAUUUAUGCUCAAGUAGCAGCAAUUGUGGUUGACAUAAUACGAAUUUCACACGCUAAAAAAGAUCUGACUGUUACAACGGAAAAGAUUAGCCAUGAUACAUGGAUUUGGUUUACUGUGUUUGAAUCUAUAGCUUUACUAUGUUCAUCAAGUGGCAGCCCGAUCGGAGGAACAUUAAUUUAUCAAUUUGGUUUCAACGCUGUGAUUAUCACAGGUGCAAGUUUAUUUGUACCAAGUUUAAUAAUUUUAUGCAUUUUCCCGGAAACCAAUAAUACAUAUGGAUCACCUAUUAAUGUUGAAGAUAAUAAAGACAAUGAUUUUAAUGAAGCUCAUACAAUUGAAAUUCAACCUGAAUGGAAAGAGAAAUUCAUUAUGCGAAUAAAAAGUGUAGGACAUUUGGAUCCAAUCUUAAUUGUAAUUAUAAUAAUUAUCGUACUCCUAGCGAUCGGUGCUAUGGCAGAUCUUCAUUACAUUGUUAUCUAUCUCAUGGGUUCACCAUUCUUGUGGAAUCCUCAACAAGUAGGAAUAUAUAUUGGUCUCAGUGAUUUCAUAUCAUCUGUUUUGGGGAUUACAUAUACAAUUAUUGUUGUUAAAAUUCGUGAACGAAAAAGUAUGAAACAAAAAUUAGAAACAAAUGGUAAUCAUACAUCUCAAGAAGAACAUAAAAAUGAUAAAUCACGAAUAGUAUUUUUACGGAAUAUGAGAUUACUGAUCUUUACAUUGGCAGGUACUUUAUUAUUAAUGAUAAUAAACAAAAUAAUGAUGGGUAUUGCACAUCAGUUCACACAACAAACAGCAAGUACUAUUGCUUAUAUGGCUGCUAUUCCUCGACUAUCAAAAAGUUUCAUCUCACCCGUUGCACGCUCAAUGUUUGCACUAUGCACACCACCAAACAAUCAAGGAAUGAUUCAGUCAUUUGGAGGAUUCGUUGCUCGUAUUGGAUUCGUCAUUAGUUUUAUCAGCUUACCAGCUGUAUAUGCAGUCACUGUUACUAUAUUUCCUCCGAUUGUAUUUCUUGUUGUUAGUGGAAUCUUGCUUCUAACAAUCAUAAUUGAUCUGUCACUACUACCACUUCUGAAAACAAGCAAAGUUCAUCAUUAAGAAGAUGGAAAUAUCCAGUUAACGAACUGAAAGCUAACGAAUAUUUUUUAUCAGAAAAUCCAUCCGAUAUAGUUUACCUGAGAUUUUACAAUCAUAUCCAGAAAUUUUAUUUGGACAAAUAUAUAUAAAUAUAUAUAUUUUCGGUGAUAAACUGUAUUAUAAAUACUUUCAUGAAGCUUCUGCCUUGUUCCUAUUUAUAAGUACUUCAGCUCUGUUUGAUCAAAUAUAUUCUUUACCUUGAUGAAAGCGAAUUUAUACAAUUUGGAAACAUUUUUAAAAGCAUUUCUAGCAAUCAUAAUUGUAACUAACCUGCGAUGAUUGGCACUCAUAAUUUUGUUUGUAAUAAUGAUGCAAUAGGUCUAUAAUAUUUAUGUUCAAAUGUAAUUAUCCUUCAACUCACAAAAAGACCAUUUACUAAACUUUGUUUAAACCGGUUUGUUUAAAAGCAGAUUAGUGAGCUUCUUUUAAAAAAGGUUUUCACUUAUAACUUGAAAUUUGAAUUACUAUUUGAUUGUAGUGACUUGUGUAACGUCAAUUAAUAUCGCGAUAAGUGUCAACAUUUUAAGUGACUAUCAUAAAUGAAUGUUAUGAAAUG